AUGAUUUCCUUUAAGAUUGUCUGGGAAUUCUGUGCUACUAAUGAUAAUCCCUCGUCAAUCACGCUAGACCUCCUACCAGCUAUCGAUCUCCCCCGCCGUAACGUCACCUUUGGUCUCUCGCUUACCACCGGAGAUAUGGCUGAUUUACUACACAAAGCGAUCAGCUCUAUGACGAUUGAAGAUGAAGCUCCGCUCACACUACCUGACGAACCUCGUUUCAGGGUGGUAGCUGAGAAUGAGUGCAGUCUCCUGGGUCGCUUGCUAAACCCAGACUGCCAGAUUAUGGCGAGGAUGAUUGACUACAUGCCUAUCGCCUGGAGGAUCUACGGUCGUGUUCGGGGAAUUGCUCUGUCUAGAGACAGAUUCCAGUUUGUCUUCCAGAGAGAGGAGGAUCUGGUUACGGUGCUCAAAGAUCGUCCCUGGUCUUACAAUCGUUGGGCCAUGACACUUGAAAGGUGGACACCGUCCCCCCCCCCCGGAGAAGUUCUUGCAAACUAUGGAGGUCUGGAUCCGGAUCCGUCAUAUACCUCUAGUCUACUUCACCAUUGAUACCAUGUUCACUCUAGCCUCGGAGGUGGGUAAGGUUAAGGAGAUCGCAUAUGAUCCGAAAGUUUCGCAAACUAAGGAUUAUAUAAGAGCCCUGAUCACUUUUGAUGUUGACAAACCGGCGAAAGCUACUCGUCAGCUUAAUGUUCCGGGAGGCGAAGCUGUGACUAUUGGCUUUGUGUUUGAGAAGAUACAUAAAUGUUGCUUUCAUUGUCUCCGACUCACCCACGGGAAAAUCAGGUGCCCUUAUCUCAAGAGAGGUUUUAACAAGGACAAGCAACAGGAACCAGAGAAUCAAAUGGUGGUGAGAACAUCUCAGGAUCAUGAAUCUCCAUCCACUAGCACUGAGCCUAAGGGCAGACAGCUUGAAGGCCCUCCAGGCUUUCCCCACCCCCCCUCUUCCCUGAACUCUCAAAAGAGGAACAUGCGAUGGCUUUGCUCUAUAUCUCUCACGCCGACGAAACAGAGAGGAGAGCCAGAAUCCAGAGAGUUAAAAAAGGGAUAGCAGACA